AUGGAGAAUGCUCAAUAUCCUCCAGAUAGUGACCUACUGGUAGCAAGAAUAGAAGGUGCGAGUCCAGAUGAUCCUAGAAUCCUACAACCUAUGAAACUGGAAGUCACCAGAGAGAAUGGUAAGCUAAAAAGGAGUUCUUUUGCAUGUGUUGGCUGUCAUUCAUUGAAGCAAAAGUGUUGGCCUUCUGAUUUAGAUGAUAUAUAUAGGAAACCAUGUCAACGUUGUCUUAGACAAAAGAAAAUAUGUACUUUUGAUUUAUCAAAGAGAACAAGAAAAAGGCAACCUCGUAAAAGCAAGAAGAAUGAAAAUUCAAGUCCAAACGAUCUUCCUUCUGAUUCUUUAUCCAAUAAGCAAUCAGAUAGUUCAUCCUCUUCGCCAGUAACUCAGAAACAAAAGAGACCCAUCUCAAGUUUAUACCAGGAUAAUGAGAAUAUUCAAAUAGCAAAUAGUAAUAUAUCUAUGAAUUCGUUUGCCUCUGAGAGAGAUACGAAACCUUUUACUUCCAGUAAAUUAAACUUAUCAGAUAACCUGCUUAAUAAUAAUAGUAAUAUUACUAAUCAACAAAUGCCAACACCAACAAUACUUCCUGGCAUUCAAAGCCUUUCCGGAAUAUGGCCAGGUCCAGUAACUGGAACUACACCUGUCUCACAAGAAUCUCCAAAUAACGGCGUAAGUCUGUCAAAUAACCCAUCUCCAACAAAAUUAUUAACUCAAGAACGAAACCCAAUGACCGCCCAUACUAGAAAGAAAUCGCUAAAUCAAACUUCCAUACAUCUAAAUCAUUCAUUUAAAAAGCAGUUGCAGUCUUUAUUGGUUAAUCAAAAGGGAAAAGGUAUGGAUCUUUCUACAAAGUUUACAACAUGGUCUGAGAAAUGGAAUGAUGUGGUACAAACUACCAUGUUUUUACCAUCAAUUAAGGAUCCAAUUGCUGUUGGUAUUCUAUCGACAAAUGAGGCAGAUGUGAGAUUAAAAUUAUAUAAACAGGAAAUUUCAACAUUAGGCAAGUUAUCAUUUAUUAAAAUACCUCCUGAUAUUACUGUUGAUCAAUUAAGAAGUGAGAAACCAAUUUUAUUUUCCGUUAUCAUGUCUACAGUUUCUGUGAUCAUGAAAGAAAAUGAAACUACAAGAGAGACAAUAAUGAAAUUAGAUAGUUUUGUCAUCAAUCUAUUAACCAACCAAAUUUUCAAGGUGAAUAAUAAAUCUAUUGAGAUAAUAGAGUCUCAUAUUGUAUUGUGUACAUGGUAUAAUUUUCUGGAAUGGUCAAACAAAACAAGAUACCACUUGUUUAAUUAUAUUGGCUGUUGUUUGACGAAAGAUCUAGGCCCAAUGUUUGUAAAUAGAGCCUUUGCUAUGUUCAGCGAUGUAGAACCGAAAAAUGGGGAAUCCAAAUUUAAAUCUCCUUUGGAACUAUAUACAAACGGUCCAAGGAUCAUACUAUUAGUAUACAUCACGUCUUUGAACAUUUCGAUUUUCCUAAAACAAACAAUACAGCUAAAAUGGAGUGAUCUCGUGAAACUAGCAGCUGACAGACUACAGACUCAGAUAGACGAAUAUAUGUCCAACCAAUCAUCAGUAUAUUCUGAUUCUAACUACGAUAUUGAGGAUGAUAUUGUCCUCAUAUCAUUUGCACGUUUGAACCAUCAAUUAGAGAAAAUUCAUGUGUAUUUGCAUGAAAUGACUGACUUAUUUGACUUAGACGAUGUUAGUAUCAGAGAGAGAUAUAUUGAGAAACUUUUAAUCAAAUACAGAGGUGAAUUACAUGAGUUAUUCGAUAGUAUGCCUAAGCACAGAAAAAGAUUACUGACUUUUUAUUAUUCAGUAGAAGCCUAUUUCCACCAAUUCGAAAUCCAAUACUAUCUAAAGAAAUUAUCCGAAAUGAAACAAAAAGGUAUAACAUCAGGUGAAGUUUAUACGUCUAUCGAAGCCAAUGCAGUUCGUUCCUUUAUCGAAUGUUACAAUUGUUGUAUAUCAGCUUUGCAAGAAUUUUCUCAAUUAACUCCUACAUUAAUUGCAUCCAUACCACUGUUUUUAAUGUCCCGAUUAAUUUACACCGUUGGUGUUUUAUUACUGCGGUUAAGGUACAGUGUUGUUGCAUUCCCAAUCUUUCAUCAUCUGUUGGAAUUAACAGAUAACUGUGUUUUGAUGGUAAAUGACGUUCGAGAAUUACUCAACAAAAGUUCACAACAAUAUCCGUACAACUAUUUUCUUUAUAAAUUUCAAUAUGUGGUGAUCUUAUUUGUUCAAACUUAUGCUAACAAAGUUAUAGAUUUAUUUGAAAGCACAACGGGUACAUCCAAAUUACCAGUAAGUUCAGGGUCUAGUUUAUUAGAUGAAUCAAUUCAAUUAAACCCUCAGGUAUUAUUUAAUAGGUCACAAGAUAACACAUGGAUAACUCCAAGAAUGAAAAAUAUAAAUGGUGAUCGACAUAUCGAUGAUAAUUCCCUAUUCAAUACAAGAGAAAAUAUAAAAAUGGAUACCAGAUCCAAUAGUGUCAACAACGCAAACUUACAUACUAAUUUUAACAAAAGCAAUCAAGAAAUUAGAAAUCAAUUGAAUUAUAACAAUAACUCUAACAAUAACUCUAAUAAUAACGACACCAUAGCUAAUAGUAAUGGUAUCGGGAUUUUGAACAAUGAAAACACAACGCCAUUACUCAAUCUAAGUAACGGUAACAAUGCCAACGCGAACAUGGAGUCUCUUGGUAAUGCCAAUGAUAUUAAAAGAUCUGUCUCAGCAAUGUCCUUCAAUCAUAUGUCCAAACCAAUAAACAGCGAAAUGAGAACUUCAUCCCCAUCAGUGUCGAUAACUAGUGAUAAUUUAAAUGAAUAUCUGACUGAUGUUAACUCAUUAGCUUGGGGUUUUAAUGCAUUAAAUGAUGAAUUUUGGACAGACUUAUUUAUAGAUGAUAUGUAA